UGUGUGUGUGCGCGCGCGCUCUCAGUGAGGGAAGCGGAGCGGCUGACAGGGACAGCACUGUUCACCCUGUCAGCUCCGACUCAGUAAACAUUCAAUAAAAACAACGCUGUUUCUUGUUCGAGUCGCAAACAGCUGAAAUGUGAAGAAUUUGUCCUCUGAAAUCUUUUUGUUUUGCGGACAUUUAUGAUUAAGUUGGCGUCUGUGAGAGAAAUAUCGAUUUGUCGCCGCUGUCCCUGGAUGGAAGACCUUGAUCUUGGAGGCGCUCGAGCUGACUGAAGAGCUGCGUUUAUUCUGCUCUUAUAAAGCUUCAGGUCUGAGAAGAGCAUAAAGACAACUGACAUAAAAUGCCUUCAUGGCUCAUAUUCGCCGUUUAUUUCGAAUAUUUUGAAAAGCUCUGUGAAAAGUCGUCGUUAAUGCGGAUUUAAAUGUGUCGCGCAGAAGGACCUCCUGUUUCUCUGCUGAUUUCACACGCAGCGACAUUUUGGGUUAAAGAUCAUCACUGAUACUGAGGAGAAAUUGGGCUAGAGAACGCCACUGUUGCGCAGAGAGGGCUAUUUGAAGCAAUAUGGCUGAUGGCUGGGGCUGGGGGCGCUGGCAGGAGCUCUCCAAAGCUACUCGAUGCUAGCUGUGGCAGAUCGCAACCUUUCCCGCGGCGGCGACGGCAGCUCUAGAAUGACUAAUAAUAUCAACUACAAUAAAAACUCGGACUCUUCUGUCUCCAUAUCCAGGAUGGAUGUGAUCAUCCCGUUCUCCCCAGACGUGCCGUGCGAUAGCAAUGGCCAGCGCAUGUGGUGGGCUUUCCUCGCCUCGUCCAUGGUGACGUUCUUCGGGGGUCUCUUUAUCAUCCUCCUGUGGAGGACCCUCAAGUACCUGUGGACUGUCUGCUGCCAUUGUAGCAUCAAAAACAAGGAGGCCCAGAAAGUGAAUAACGGGCAGGCAGAUGGGCCACUGAAGAGCCAGGAUGAGAAGGAUGAUGCGCCAGCUAGUGAGGUGGGCUGGAUGACCUCAGUAAAAGACUGGGCCGGAGUCAUGAUCUCAGCACAGACUCUCACAGGCAGAGUACUGGUGGUGUUAGUCUUUGCUCUCAGUAUCGGAGCCCUUGGAAUAUACUUCAUAGACUCGUCUGACCCCAUAGAAUCCUGUCAGAAUUUCUAUAAAGACUUCACCUUACAGAUCGACAUGGCCUUCAAUGUGUUCUUCUUACUCUACUUUGGCCUGCGUUUUAUUGCAGCAAACGAUAAGCUGUGGUUCUGGCUGGAGGUGAACUCUGUGGUGGAUUUCUUUACUGUGCCACCGGUGUUUGUGUCUGUGUAUCUUAACAGGAGCUGGCUGGGUCUGAGAUUUCUAAGAGCCUUGAGACUGAUACAGUUCUCAGAAAUUUUACAGUUUUUGAAUAUCUUAAAAACAAGUAAUUCCAUCAAGCUGGUGAACCUGUGUUCCAUCUUCAUAAGCACAUGGCUCACAGCUGCAGGAUUCAUUCAUCUGGUGGAAAACUCAGGGGAUCCUUGGGAAAACUUCCAAAAUUCUCAACCACUUUCAUAUUGGGAAUGUGUGUACUUACUCAUGGUCACUAUGUCUACGGUGGGAUACGGGGACGUCUGUGCGAAAACCACCCUUGGCCGACUUUUCAUGGUCUUCUUCAUUCUUGGCGGUUUGGCCAUGUUUGCCAGCUACGUCCCUGAAAUCAUAGAGUUAAUAGGAAACCGCAAGAAAUAUGGUGGUUCCUAUAGUGCGGUUAAUGGCAGAAAGCAUAUUGUGGUCUGUGGUCAUAUCACACUCGAAAGUGUAUCCAACUUCCUUAAAGACUUCCUACACAAGGACAGGGAUGAUGUCAAUGUAGAAAUUGUUUUUCUUCAUAAUAUUUCCCCUAAUCUUGAGCUGGAAGCCUUGUUCAAACGUCACUUCACUCAGGUGGAAUUCUACCAAGGAUCUGUUCUUAACCCACAUGAUCUAGCUAGAGUCAAGAUUGAGUCAGCGGAUGCAUGCUUAAUUCUCGCCAACAAAUACUGUGCAGACCCAGAUGCUGAAGAUGCAUCGAAUAUAAUGAGAGUAAUAUCCAUCAAGAAUUACCAUCCAAAGAUAAGAAUAAUCACUCAGAUGUUGCAGUACCACAACAAGGCCCAUCUGCUAAACAUUCCCAGCUGGAACUGGAAGGAGGGCGAUGAUGCGAUCUGCCUGGCCGAGCUGAAGGCGGGCUUUAUAGCCCAGAGCUGCCUGGCACAGGGCCUGUCCACCAUGCUUGCCAACCUGUUCUCCAUGAGGUCAUACAUCAAGAUCGAAGAGGACACAUGGCAGAAGUAUUAUCUGGAGGGAGUGGCCAAUGAGAUGUACACUGAGUACCUGUCCAGUGCCUUUGUGGGCCUUUCUUUUCCUACAGUUUGUGAGCUGUGUUAUGUGAAGCUCAAAUUGUUGUUGAUCGCUAUUGAAUACAAGUCAGAGCAGAGGGAAAGCAGAAGCAGAAAGCGUAUUCUGAUCAACCCUGGGAACCAUGUAAAGAUGCAGGAGGGAACCUUGGGAUUCUUUAUUGCCAGUGAUGCCAAAGAGGUCAAAAGAGCAUAUUUCUACUGCAAAGCUUGUCAUGAUGACAUCACAGAUCCCAAAAGGAUCAAAAAGUGUGGCUGCAAGAGACCCAAGAUGUCCGUCUACAAGCGAAUGAAACUGGCAUGUUGUUUUGAUUGCGGGCGCUCUGAGCGCGACUGCUCGUGCAUGGCAGGCAGUGUACAUAGUAACAUGGACAGCCUUCAGAGGGCCUUCCCACUUUCUUCUGUCUCUGUUCAUGAUUGCUCAACCAGUUUACGUGCCUCCAAAUAUAAGUAUAACGGAUAUGUUACAUCACCAGCAGAUGGCGCUACAACUCCAGGGAAAACAGGAGGUCAGAGAGAGGCUGGGGUUCGGUUCAAAGCAGAAUGGAUUUUAGUAAAGGAGGAAGUUAGACCCACUUUUCAAAAUCGCACAGUUAAAUUAGCUACCAGUAUGACUGUCCCACAAACUUUGGCAGUGGAGCGUUCUGCUGAAGCCCUCGUAAUUAACUGUAAAGGAAGUCUGCUUCCUCCAGUUCCACCCCCACGCCGAGGUCUCAGCCUGGCUGGCCUGAAUCGGGCCCGCAGCCUGCCUGGGAAAUACCGCUACCACCCCAACACCUCCAUGCUCUCCUCCUCCCUGCGCUCGUCGGUCCUCUCCUCCACGCUCUCUUCUUCCAUGCGCUCCUCCACUCGCCCGCCCACACCCUUUGAAGACGAGCAUCCAUCAACGCUGUCACCCAAAAAGAAGCAGCGCAACGGAGGCAUGCGAAAUUCACCCAACUGCUCACCCAAAGUGAUGAGACAUGACCCUUUACUUAUUCCAGGAAAUGAGCAGAUUGAGAAUAUGGACGUUAAUGUGAAGAGAUACGACUCCACUGGAAUGUUUCACUGGUGUCCUUCUAAAGACAUUGAGAAAGUCAUUCUGACGAGGAGUGAGGCCUCCAUGACGGUUCUGAGUGGACAUGUCGUGGUCUGUAUAUUUGGAGAUGUCACUUCUGCUUUAGUGGGGCUGCGAAACUUGGUGAUGCCUUUAAGAGCGAGUAACUUCCAUUACCAUGAGCUGAAGCACAUAGUGUUUGUAGGCUCACUGGAUUAUCUGAGGAGGGAAUGGGAAACCCUUCAUAACUUCCCCAAGGUCUCCAUCUUACCCGGCACACCAUUAAGUCGAGCUGAUUUAAGGGCUGUAAACAUCAACCUCUGCGACAUGUGCGUUAUCCUGUCAGCCAAUCAGAACAAAAUUGACGAUGCUUCACUGCAGGACAAGGAAUGCAUCUUGGCAUCACUCAACAUCAAAUCUAUGCAGUUUGAUGACAGCAUUGGGGUCUUGCAGGCUAAUUCCCAAGGUUUUACACCUCCGGGAAUGGACAGAUCGUCUCCAGACAACAGUCCAGUGCAUGGGUUGGUUCGCCAAGCAUCCGUCACCACUGGCUCCAACAUCCCAAUCAUAACUGAGCUAGUGAAUGAUUCAAACGUUCAGUUCCUGGACCAAGAUGAUGAUGAUGACCCGGAUACAGAGCUGUAUCUGACCCAACCCUUUGCCUGUGGGACAGCUUUUGCUGUCAGUGUGCUCGACUCUCUUAUGAGCGCUACGUACUUCAACGAUAAUAUCCUGACUCUGAUCCGGACGCUGGUGACAGGAGGGGCCACGCCGGAGCUGGAGGCGCUGUUGGCCGAGGAGAAUGCACUGCGCGGAGGAUAUAGCACGCCGCAGACGCUAGCUAACAGGGACAGGUGUCGCGUGGCACAGCUCGCCCUCUACGAUGGCCCUUUUGCAGACUUGGGGGAUGGUGGUUGUUAUGGGGACUUGUUUUGUAAAGCAUUAAAAACCUACAACAUGCUGUGCUUUGGAAUCUAUAGAUUAAGAGAUGCACACCUAAGUAUGCCGAGCCAGUGCACAAAAAGAUAUGUGAUCACCAACCCACCCUACGAGUUUGAGCUCGUCCCCACAGACCUGAUCUUCUGCCUGAUGCAGUUUGACCACAACGCAGGUCAGUCGCGAACCAGCCUGUCCCAUUCGUCCCAUUCCUCACACUCAUCUAGCAAGAAGAGCUCCUCAGUUCACUCUAUCCCUACCACCAACCGGACCAACCGCAGCAGCAAGACCCGCGAAAGCCGCGACAAACACAAUGCAACAAGGAUGAAUAGAAUGAGCCAAGAAAAGAAAUGGUUUACAGAUGAACCAGAAAAUGCCUACCCAAGGAACAUUCAAAUCAAGCCCAUGAGCACUCACAUGGCCAAUCAAGUCAAUCAGUACAAAUCCACUAGCAGCCUGAUUCCACCAAUCAGAGAAGUUGAAGAUGAAUGCUGAAUCCCAGGCUUUUGACGAGCUGGAGCAUCCUGAUGUAAAAGAUGAGCAGUGAUGAAGAAACGGUGAUGAUAAUAGCGAUUCACUGUCAUUUUACACCUUGAGAGUUUUUUUGUGAUCAUGGAAACUAGAAGGGACCUCCUAUGUGUAUACCUUUAAUGUUACUUCCAUGCUUUUGGAAACAUUUAAUUUAUAAAUGUAUACAUAGUGAUGUACAUAAUGACAAUCAAAUAAGGAUUGUACAGCCCUCUAGCACUUUUUGAAAUUAUGUUAAAACAGUAAAGAAGUACUUCCUGUAAUUCAUUGCAAUAUCUCGUGUCUGCAGUGACCUGACUCUGUGCAGAAGGCUUUGUGUUAUGGAGGAUGAGGGUCACAGUCCUUCAGCUUGUUAACGUUACCCAAAGAACCUCAUCUGAAGUGUCGCUUAAGCCCCACUACACACACAUACAUGCGCCCUCAUCUGCUUCUUCUUUUUGCACUAAAUGUAAUAGUGGAAAAACUUGAGACUGGGUUCUGAAAGGAUUGUAAACGUUUCUGAAUUCACAGCGCAGUGAGUAAACUUGCUGACUGACCGUGGAGUGGCUCUGUUAGGAGAAGCAACUGUUAAAGGUGAUGAGUGUUGCUUGAGGGGCCUCAGUCCUGCUUUGUGUGGAGAAGCUUUCAUUUGAGUAAAUGUUGCACACAACCUGGACAUGCAGAGCGGGAAAUUGAAUUCAUUUCCAUGCACAUAAACAGUGUAGGUCAUCGUAUACGGGAAUGUACUUAUCAUGUUCAUGUAAUAAUGCAAGAAGUCAUCUCCAGCGUAGCCCUACUAAAUUGGCAAUACAUUAUCAGGAUAUGCACUACUUUUGUUGAUGUCUUUCCAUCACGCUUGACUGCUGGUGUUGCUGUGGUUGUUAAAGUGUAUGAUCAAGGCUCAUAAUGCGAUUGUUUGGAAGAGGCACAGGAAUCGAAUACUUGUGCAUGUGUGUGCUGGUUUACACACUGCACUCACAUGCUGAAAAUGCCACUGUGAUUGAGCUUUCAAAGCAUAUUUAACAUUCUCUCUGAUUUUGAAUUAAAGAAGAAACUUGGAAUGUGUAGUGUGACAUGCCACAUAUUGCGAAAAGUGGGCAUACAUGGUUCCUCCUUCUGAUUGGUCCCACUGCCUGACACAGUGUUGGCACAGAGGCAGAGACAUGCUUGGAUGUUCUCUGUGACCAACCAUGAUGCCUCAAUAGUACAAGAACCUACAGAUAUACACAAGUGAAACUCAAUCAUAGUUGUCAUUAUCAUGUAAAGAGAAUGUUGGACAGUGUGUUGUGUUGUUCUGCUGUUAGACGGGACAGAAUGAACUCCACUACACAUCACACUGGAACACGGUGGUGUGGUGAGCCUUUAUGUGGGAAGUGUAAUAAUAUACAUAUGUUAAGCAGAAUUUUGCUUGAAGUGUUCUGUCAGAUUUAUACAUACUGUACGUACAUAGUUAUUUUUUAUCCAUAUAAGCAUAAUCAUUUUGUACUUAUUUUUAUACAUAUCGAAGAACUUUAUUUCUAAAAUUAUCUUAAAUAGAUAUUAACAAGGCUUCAGUACACACCAGUUAAGUUUGUUGUCCAUUUUUACCCUUGGCAACCGAACAUAUCAUGCUUUUAAAAGGACAAACGUACUGUCCGUUUCGUGCUACAGGAGACAGUCACAAAGUUCCAGCUUUAGCUCUCCAUCUGCUUUUCUGGGAGAGUACUUUAAUACUCGAUACUUGAGCUGCUUUGAAGGACCUAGUUAUAUCAAUUACAAUAUUCUAUUAUUCAUUAUUGGCUGAGAUAAACUAUUGAUACAGUAAUUAGAUGUAAACUGUAGUAUAAUUCCAAGCUGAAAGUGAAAAUUGAUGGUGAAAAUGUGCAUGAGAAUGGGUCAUUGCCAAUGGCUUGCAUCUACUCUCUCUCUCUCUCAGGGUAGAACUGAUCGUUACCACUGAUAUUGACCUAAAUUAGGUCUCAGGAAACAGAGUAACAUGCUGAAAUAUUUUCAUGUGAUUAACUGUAAUACACUUUAAACUGUGUUUGAAAUGGCACAGUUGGAAGAUGUGCAGAUCGCCUCAGUCAGUGAGCUAAUCACCAUCUAAUGCUAGAUAUAAGAAAAAAAAACAUCGCGAUUUUACUACUGAGGAAAAAAUAUGAUAAUGCUUAGUGUUGAAGUAUGUUGUGUAAAUUCUGCCCAUUUAUAGGCCACAUUUUAUUUUUUGAAGAACAAGGAUCUCAGCUUUAAUGUUUGUCCUCUGGAUGUAGUUUGAUCCUAAUGCAGCCCAAUAGGCUCUGUCCUCAAGUGAUUUUGAAUUGUGAAUACAUGGAUGUUACACUUUGUAGCAAGUAGACUUCUUUUAAAAAUGUGAGUAAACUGUAUGUAAAAUUGGAUUGUUAAAUAACAUACUUGCUAGUCUGGGGAAAAAGGAUUCAGACUUAAAAUGAAUCAUAAAUCACAAAAUACUGGAGUCAUUUUUUAGAGGAUUUGUCCAAGAUUCUUUUCCUGUAAUGAAACUCAUGCACUGCAUUGCAAAAAUGAGCUAAUGUACGGUGUAGAAAGCAGGUGAAUUGAUGAAUGUUUUGAGUGAAGCUAAUUUCAGAGUUGGUAUACUGUAAUUUCAGUUUGUUAUUUCUUUAAUAUCAGCGUUUACAUUCCAUAUUGCCAGUUUUUAAGCAAUUAUAUGUUAUAGUAAUAAAGUCAUUGUUUAAACACUCACUACCACCUAUUUGUUUACAGAUAUAACAUAAUAAUUAGUAUAUAUCAGGAAUGUUUUUUUUCCUCUGUUGGUAGAUUUAGUUUUUUUCUUUUUUCUUUAGACAGCUAAUGUCUGUCCACAAAGUGAUAAACAAGACUUGUCCUUCAGCUUGACUUUCUUCUCCAGUGUGCAACAAGAGCCACAGCAGUUCCAUGCAGUGUGUGUGUGUGUGUGUGUGUCUGUGUGUGUGCCUGCUGUGAGGUGAAACCACUGUUCUCUACAUAUCAGACUGUCUAAAGUGCCAUGACAUUGUCUCUAAACCAGCAUCUUUCAGUCAGAUGUUAAAAUCAUGAAGAGAUUUUUUGUGGCAUCUAAUCCUGGCAUGGAGAACAUCCAAGCCACGCAAGCCUCCAUGCCAGGGCAGUGCAGGCAGGGCUGCAGUCAGACUGAAGGAGGAACGUCUGAAGACCCACUAAAGCGAAAAGUGGCAUCUAAAGAGAGCUUAAAGUUUCAGUUAUAAAGCCAGACUCUACUGAUACAUAUAUAACCCCAUAAAUAUAAAGCAGCAAAACACACUGACUGAAAAAUGCUGGGCACUAAAUGAGUUUUAAUGUGUUUGUAUGGUCAUCUGUCCACUUGUUAAAGAGUGUUAUUUCAGACAAUUAUUCUACUGUAAAAUCGGCUGUCACUACAACAUUACAAACUGUAUUGAAUAAUGUGCUGUAAGGGAAUUAAGUCUUAACUGAAAGUGAAACCUAAGCUGAAACUGCUUUGGGAACUUUUUUUUUCUUUUUAAUAAAAAUUCAGAACAUUCAAUUUCCAUUUAAUUAUUUGGCUGUUCAUUACAGGAAAAAGGAGUUUGAACUGUUUUAGCUACUGGAGAAAUGGAGAAAUUGAUGGUGCUGAGUUGAUCUACCUGACUCUGUCAAAUAUAACCUGCUGAUAAACAUACUGUCUUGUACAAAAAGUUUGUACAUAAAUUGUACAUGUUUCUUUUUGUAUUUUCUCAAAUUAAAAUGGAUGUAUUUGUGUUCUAA